AUGUGGACAGCCAGAAUCCAAGCCGGCACAGCAGACUUCGAAGCCCGGUUCGAGCACAUUAGGGUUACUUACAAGACGGUCGACGAUACCCAGCUCGAGGCCGCCGUCUUCAUUCCCAAGACACUGACGUCUCGCUCUGACCCGGUUUCUGCACCUGUGCUGGUGCAUUUCCACGGUGGUGCCCUCAUCACGGGCGCUGCGCCGGAUCUUUGUUUUCUCUCUGACUGGGUCCGCGACCUCGCCCACACAAUCCCCGCCAUCUUCAUCUCCCCCUCCUACCGUCUAGCCCCAGAAACCCCGGCCGUCUCCAUCCUCGACGACAUCGCCGACUUCUGGCGCUGGCUGCCCGUCCACCUACCCUCCCUUUUCUCUUCCCCCCCUUCUCCCCCUUCUCCCUCAUCAUCAUCCCAGAGUAAUAACUCCCCCAACUGGCAACAUAUCACCCCCGACCUCACGCGCCUCCUGGCCCUCGGCGAAAGCGCAGGCGGCUACCUCGCGCUGCAAUCCGCCCUUCUUUUGUCCGUGCGUCCCGCACUACGUGCUGUUGUUGCUCUUUACCCGGCUAUUUACCCCGAUCUGGCCGUGUUCAACUCCCACUCAUCAGAUGCUAAAAAGGUUAACGAGGACGACAACGCGGUAGUCACGGCGUUCCUGGCCGCUCGGCAAGGUAGUAACCAAACAACCCGUACGUCGACGCCCUGGCCGGGUUUGUUGACCGAAACCAUCGCCGCGAUGACGACUGGACGAGCGAAGGAGGUCUGGGGGCCGGAUGAAGAGGGACGGUUGGAGUUGGGGUAUGCGCUGCAGCAGGCGCGGAAUCGGGCGGAGAGGAAAAGGAAGGGGGGACUACCGCCGAUAUGGGUGGUGCAGGGGACGGAAGACACGGUGGUGCCGAAAAAGGGGACGGAUGAGAUGGUGAAGCGGUUGAGGGAGGAAGGGCCGGAGGGGACGGAGGUGAAGUAUACGGUUAGGGAGGGGGGGCAUGGGUUUGAUAUUCCGCUUAGGUUGGGAGAGGGAGAGGAGGGUUGGGUGAGGGAGGGUGUGGAGUGGGUGAGGGGGUUUUGGUUGGGGGGGGCUGCUAAGGCGUGA